AUGGACAAAUUGCUCACAGUCAAUCAAAAGAAGGCGUCGAAACAGCCCAAGAACAAGAAAAAGCCAGUCAAGGUUGUGUACAUAACAAACCCUAUUAAGUUCAAGACUAGUGCCUCGGAAUUCAGGUCCCUGGUGCAAGAACUCACUGGACAAGAUGCUGAUAUGCCCGAGUACUCCCCCAGGUUCGUAGAGGAUAAUGAUGUCGGUGACGGGAAGGAGGUGGCUGACGCCGUCAAAGAGGUGGAGGAUCAUGCACCAGUUGAGGUGGUGCCAACUGUAGUAGGGCAACUGCAUCCUAAUUAUGGUGAAAUCUCAAGAAGAUCUGAUCCAGGUUUUGGGAUAUUUGACGAAGUCAUUUAUCCUCAACAGAUGGUGGAUAAUUUCCAGGAGCUAAUGCCUUCAAAUCAGUGGCACGAAACUGCUCAUUUUGAUGUGCUCAAAAGCCAAGAUGCAAUGUAA